AUAAUCUGAUACAGACAAACAUCAAUUGCCAGUUAGUUGUCUGUAUCCCUACCAAUUAUUUAUCUUCCUAAGUUGCUUUUUUGAAUUUUCUUCUUACAAUACCCCAAAACUUUUAUAUAUAUAUUCUUCUUCUAUUCUUCUUCAUCAAUUUAAUUCCCAUUGCUUCCUCAAUUCUCCAUUUCAAUCUCCACCAUUGGAAGCAACUCAAGAUUCUUCAUUCGUCACAAUUCAAGUGAAGAAACACCGCCGCCGCCCCGUCAAGAUGAAAAACAACGGCCAGAGCCCAUUUUCAUCAGUCGCCGGAAAACUGAUGAACACCCCAUUCCCUCUACUCAACCUCCUCUCCUACCUCUUCUUCUUCAUAUUCGGGUUAACUUUCGGGAUCAUCUUCUGCUUCCACUACAGAAGCUUCUCAUUCAACCUUCAAGUCACAAACGGUCAAUUCUCCAUCUUCACCUCUCAAUCAAUACUGGACCAACCGCCGACCACGACGACGCCGACCUUCUCAUCCUCCACUCCGGAGAUCAAGAAUACUUCAAAGACAAGCGAUAUGGUUAGGUGGGCGGAGUUCCUACAGCCACCUACCGUGAUGCAUGAAAUGACCGAUCAAGAACUCCUAUGGAGAGCAUCUAUGGCUCCUAAAAUCCAAGAAUUUCCAUUCAAACGCGUGCCCAAGGUGGCGUUCAUGUUCUUGACACGAGGGCCGGUGGUUUUAGCGCCGCUGUGGGAGAAAUUCUUCAAGGGGCACGACGGGUUGUACUCGGUUUACGUGCACUCGGAUCCAUCUUUCAAUGGGUCGGAGCCUGAGGGUUCGGUUUUUCAUGGCAGGAGGAUUCCUAGUAAGGAAGUUCAAUGGGGCAACGUGAACAUGAUAGAAGCCGAAAGGAGAUUGCUAGCCAAUGCUCUUCUUGAUUUCUCAAACCAACAUUUUGUUCUCCUCUCUGAAUCAUGCAUUCCCCUCUACAACUUCUCCACCAUCUACUCUUACUUGAUCAACUCCACCCAAAACUUCGUGGAGGCAUAUGAUCUGCCUGGCCCGGUGGGGCGAGGGCGAUACAGCCAUCAGAUGGGCCCCAUGAUCAAGCUUGAGCAAUGGAGAAAGGGGUCCCAAUGGUUUGGGAUGGACAGAGAUCUUGCCUUAGAGGUUAUUGCAGACAAGAACUACUUCCCAGUGUUCCAACACUACUGCAAUGGUUCAUGUUAUGCUGAUGAGCAUUACUUGCCGACAUUUGUGAGCAUGAAGUUUGGGGAGAGGAACUCAAACAGGACUUUGACAUGGGUGGACUGGUCGAGGGGCGGGCCCCACCCAUCCAAGUUCAUCAGGACAGAUGUCACCCCGGAGUUCUUGGAGAAGUUGAGGAGAGGUGGGAGUUGUGAGUACAAUGGUAAGAAGACCAAUGUUUGUGUCUUGUUUGCAAGAAAAUUCACAUACAAUGCAUUGGAUAGGCUGCUGAGGUUCGCACCGCAGGUUAUGCAGUUCAACAGGUAAAAAAUAUAGGAGCAUAGAGUUAUUUUCUAAAAGAGAUGAAGAAACAUAGGGAGAUUCAAUUAUUUGGAACAUUGUAUUCUUUGGGGGGCUAUGUAGCCACUAGGCCCCCCCUACAUUUUUUUAAUUAUAUUAUGUGAAUUUGUACUAAAAUAUGUCUAGUUUCAAGAAGAUUUGAUGAAGGAAAAAGAUACCAAAUCUUCUAGUGCUGAUUUUGCUGUAAAGGUUCAACAGAGGAAUAAGCGGUUACCCAAUAAUGAAACAU